UGGGCCGGGGAUGGGCCGAAAGCGGACGCAAAGCAGACAAAAAUCCGUUUGCUCCCACGCGUUGGGCCUUCUAGUUCGUCCACUUUAUUCUAAACGGACAUGUGCGGACAGGAUGGGGUCACUCGGUGGAGUUGGCCUAAGUUACUCCGCUUGGGUUGGCGAGACCAAAAUGCAGCAGUGUGUGUGUACGUACAGUCGCGGUUGUGGCCCAAAGAUGUCGUGGCCAUCCCAGUGCAGCCCAAGAUAUACGUGCGUAUCCCGGACCAAAAAUUUGGCCCACUUAGCGUACCCCAUCGCGGUUGCGUGAACGCACCUCCCGUGCCGCCGCCGAGAUGCGCACCGCCCAGCCUCGCCGCCGCUGCCGGAGAAAGUCGGGGAUGCAGGCGAGUGGCGCGGCGGCGUCGACGCCGGCAGGUUCGACCUACUCGCCGUCAUCUCGCAGGGCGUGGAUUUCCCCCACCAAUUCGGCGAUGGAGGACGACGACCUCCUGAUGGAGAUACUCGUGCGGCUCCCCCCGCGACCUUCCUCCCUCCCCCGCGUCUCCUCUGUCUGCAAGCGCUGGCGACGCAUCGUCUCCGACCCCCAAUUCCUCCGCCGCUUCUGCGCCCACCACCGGGAACCCCCCAUCGUCGGCGUGUUCUUCAACUCCAGCUUCAUUGAAACCCCCUUCAGGUCGACUCUCAAUCCGCCGGACCUCAUCCCGCCCGAGCUCUUCUCCCCGCGCCUCGACGACAUCUGGUCCGUCCACAGCUGCCGCCACGGCCGCGUCCUCUUCACCAGCAGCGCCCGUACCGGCAGGGGCCGCCGCCAGGUCCUAGUGUGGGAUCCCGUCACAGGCGACCGCCGCUGCAUAGGCAGUCCAACGCAGCUGGGUGGUCACGACUGGAGCGAGUCCCGUGUGCAAGCGGAUGUGCUCUGUGCUGCCGGCGACAAGGGCCACGUGCAUGGUGCCUGCCAUUCGAGCCCCUUCAAGGUGGUCUUGGCGUGCGUCAGCAAGGGCGUCGCACGAGCUUGUGUCUACUCGUCGGAGAUGGGAGCCUGGGCCGAUCUCAUCUCAACCUUGGUUCCAUUUGAUAUGUCUCCUUCUCUUGGCAGUAGAAGCAUCCUGCUUGGGAAUUCACUGUGCUGGUUCAUUUUUGGCCCUCAGGUGGAUAUCCUUGAGCUUAAUUUCGACAGACAGAGCCUAGCCGUGAUCGAGGUGCCACCACAUGCCUACGCCAACCAUCAGGGACUUUAUUUGAGUACUCUGGGUGGCGCGCUUGGUUUCAUCGUCAUGUCGGAAUCCUACAAAGCACAACUAUGGGAGAGGACGACUGAUUUUGACGGUGUUGCUGGGUGGAUGCCGGGACAGACUAUCGAGUUGCGCAGGCUUCUCCCUCUGAAAUCAGGGGAGUGGAUCAAAAGAGUAAUGUUUAUUGCUGGGGAUGAAUCUGAUAAUGUGGCAUUUCUGUCAACAUCUAGGGGCAUCUUCAUGGUCCAUCUCGAGUCAUUGCAGUUUGAGGAGAUCUUUAAAAGCAACCCUGAUAAUCGGCUGUCCACUAUCUAUCCAUAUCCAUUCAAAAGUUUCUUUGCUGCUGCUGCUGCAGGACUGAGUAAUCUUGAUGAGCGGGGACAAGGUGAAGGUCGAGCAGGCGGCACAAUGCAUCAAUGAGAAUUCUGAUCUUUGCGGUUAAUUUAUAUGCGCUUUAUGGAUUUCGGUUGUAUCCUUGAUGUUAUUAAGUUGUGCUCUCAAGCACCUGACUAAAGUUUGCUAUGUCGUUGAGCUGGGCUUUGGGGGUAUCACGGUUUACAGAAACUUUUUAUGUAUUUUCUCUUAUCUGUAAUGGCACAUCCUUUAUGCUUCCUGAAAUUGUAAGCAAGACCCUAUGCUAUGUACUUCCUUUUGCCUUUUAAAAUAAUAAAUCGGAUGAUGUAAAAGCCUUCCGUCUGAAUAUGCCAUGGAUAAACUUGAUUCUUCUUUCCAAUUAUUCUAUCAUGGUAAAGCCGUGGGUGGACAAAGUGUUUCUGAUGCGUUCUAGUCUUGCUAUUUUUCAUAUGUUGUUCAGACCCAUUCCAAGUAAUGUGUUAUUUGU